CUUGCACUGACGUUCACUGUCACUCUUGGCUCAGUGUGGCGAUCGCAAUGAAGACCUUAAUAAUUCUGCUGUUUUUGGUGGGCGUUGCAGUAUGCAUGCCUGCAGAUAGUCCCGCGGAUAAAGCUUUAGGUGCAGCUAAAGACGCCGCUAAAGAUGCCACAAAGGACGCACCUAAAGACGCAAAGAAAGAUGGCGAUAAAGAUAAGAAAGAUGGCGACAAAGAUAAGAAAGAUGGCGACAAAGAUAAAGAUAAAAAAGACGCAGAUAAAGAUAAAAAAGAUGCAGAAAAGAAAAAGGAUGAAGAAAAAGUAGACAAAAAGGAUGAUGACGAGAAAAAAAAGGAAAAGAAACACAAAAAGCACAAGAAACACGACGAUGAUGAUGAUGAUUCAAGCUCAGAAGAAAACGACUCAGGCGAAGAUGAAGAAAAGGAGAAAAAACAUAAGAAACACAACAAAGGAAAGAAACAUAAGAAGAAUGAUGAUGAUGAUGACUCGGAUGAUGACGUAAAAGAGCAGCUGAAAGAAAAAGAAAAGGCAUUAAAGGCUGCCGCUAAAAAACUCAAGGAACUUGAAAAGGAAAAGCAACAAGCGCUCGAUGACGCAGACGAUGAAGCUAAGGAUGCUACUGAUGGCGCUGAUGAUAAGACAAAAAUCAGUCCUAAAAAACAUAAACCACAUCAUAAGAAACAUCAUAAAGGACCUCUGCCAGAUGUGGGUAAGUUUGCCAAGGAGGCUGAAGAAAUCCCUAAAGGACUAGAGUCGACGGCUGAAGGUGCAUUAGGGAAUGUUCCCGGUCUUGGAGGGCAUGGUAAACAUGGUCAUGGCAAGGGACAUGGUGGUAUCGAUGGCGCAAUAGGCGUGGUGCCAAAAGUCGCUGGUGAAUUCGUUGAUGACGCUGUGAAAGCAGGCGAUGACCUCCUUAACACAGGCCUCGGCUUAUUUGGUAAGAUUCAAAAUUACAGGGUGUUAGUUACAUCGUAACGAAUACUGAGGGGGAUGAUUUAGCUUAUUAU